CAGUCGAUAACAAACAAUCGAUUGUUGUUACAAUUUCCCUUGUAUAUAGAAAAAUAAUCCCUCUCCCUUGGUGACGUCAAGAAGAUAAAAAUUUUGAAAAUUAGUGUGUGUAAUGCAAAUAGAAUAGUUUUUUGUUUUAGUGUGGAGAAAAAAAAAUUUCUGAAAAUACGUGUUUGUGUGUGUGUGUGUGUGUAUAUGUGUGAAUUAUCAGGAGCGUUAUAAUAUCAUUCGUCCUUACGAUUCAACGAGCCAGCGACGAAUGACGUUUCACCAGUGGAUUGUGGUAUGGCCAGGUAACGAUCCUCCGGAGGGAAAAUCGGAUUCGUAGGCGGGGCCUAAGGUCGGAGACACGUGACACGGAAACUGUCACGCCGCCCUUGCCACCCCCCCCCACCUCCCACCUAUCCCCACCAUCGACUGAAAAACCCGAGCCGAUCCGAAGCGGUACUUCGGAUCUCCGGUCAUACUGAUGAUUCUCUAUUGUUUAUAUUAUAUAUAUAGUUUUAGUGAUUUAACUCUUGUUUUUUGUUUUUUUUUUUUAUUUUAUCGACCCCACACGAAAUCAUAUAUUAACCUUGAUGAUUUUCGUUUUAAAGACAAGUGCGUUUAUACACUCCGUACUAUUUUAUGAGGUUUAUAUAAUUUUAAAAUAAACGAAAUGAAAAUUGCUCCAGAAACCUUUAUCCAUACCUAAUGCUGUAAAUUUUAAUGGAGAGAAUUAUUUUAAAGCAAUGAUAUCAGUCUUUUGACAUAUAUAUCAAUAAAAUGCAGCUGGCAAGUUUAGGUGUUGAGAAAAAUUCAAUUAAUGAAGACAAUUUAACAAAUUCCCGUCAUCAUUUGGUGACAGUAGUGAAAAAUGAAGUAGAUGAUGAUGAAUUACAAAAUAAAGUGAAUGUUAAAGUUGAGGUGUUUGACGAAGAUAAUUAUAUAAAAACUAAUGAAAUUAAUCGUGAACAAAAUAAUGAAUUGCAACAUCAGGAAAUUAAAUCCACAUUGACACCAACAAGUGGAAUUAUUGAUUAUAAUAAAUUUCCCAGUUAUUCACAAAUUAAUCCCACAUAUCGUCCCGUCGCUAGUGGAUUUGGAUUUUCACAAUUUUAUAGACCAUUUUCAAAUGAACAAUCAUCAUUGAAUCGUGGCGCUUUUAAUACAAUUGGAACGGAUAAUUUUUUUGAUUUUGAUUUUCAACAGAGAAAAGUGAAUUCAUUUACAUCGGGUUUUCCUUAUUAUACAUCAUUGCCGUUAAAACGUUCCUCCUAUCACGAUCAAAGGAAUAAUAUAUCUAGACAAGGAAAAUGGAGUGGUUCAACUCAUAGAUCCUUACAGUCAUCGACACAGUGGCCAAAUUGGUUUUUACGACCAGAAAUCCCAGUAAGUGUUCCUCUCUCGAAUCAGGUGUCAAAUUCCAAUUUCACAUUGACGAGUUCAACAUUGUCGAGAAAUCAUCAAGACACUACGAAAUUAUCUCAAGCGUCAUCUCUGAAUAGCAGCAAAGUCCAUGGACAGACACCAAGAAUUUGCACGUCCAUCAGAUGCACUGUCAAAGGAUGUUCAUGCGACUCGUUUGUACCAGGGAAACAUUAUUUGCGCUGCUGCGACAAAUGCCAUCAUGGAUGGGUUCUACAUGCGCUCGCGCGACUGUCAAGCCUCCGUGGAGGCGGCGUUGGUGGGGAUGUCGCCUCCAGCCCACGAGUCACUGGUGGGGAGGAUAAAAGCGCCGGCGGGAGGGUAAGGCAAGCAGCCGGUGGCAUUGGUGGUGGGGAGCCAACUGAUGUCACGGAGAAGAAGGAGAGGCCACCGGCUUCAGAGACUGUCGAGCCGACGGCCGCGUUUGACGUUGCAUCUCUCGUUCUCUACGGCUCGCGCGCUUUACGCACACCGCUUAAGAAUUUACUCGAUAAGUUGUUCAACCAAUUGCCCCACACACAAGUUACGGGACUACUAGCCGCCUUUGGCUGGACUCACGAGGAUUAUUCUCGAGGAUACAUACUGCAGGACUCGCAGAACGGCCCGGUGCUGGACCGAUGGAGUAUUUGCUCGGCUGAAGAGGAACCGCUGAUCGUUCAGCAGUUCCUCAAGUUCGCCGAGACGCGUCCGUUCGUGCAUCCCCUGCUACUGGCCGCGGGAACGCCAGGUUCGGAUGCUAUGUCACCUAGCAGACGACCUUCGCCCCCGACGAUGCCUCUAGCACACCUUCCACCGCCUCUUCAUCUUCUUCAUUGUGGUUUGCCACCAAGCUCAAGAUUACCACAUCCAUUACCACCGCCACUGCCACCAGUGUCACAUCACUCCAUGUCACCAACAACCCCAAAGCAUUAUCCAUCAUCAGCUGGCAAUCAUCAUGGACCAACGAGUACCGCCAGUUCACCACCACGACAACUAGAAUCAAAUUCACAUCUUCCCUCGCCUCUAAAUCGACUUCAAAAUAUGCAACCCUUCGAUUUUCGAAAAUUAGGCACACUAGGCCUACCUGCAUUUCCCCUACCACCGCCACCAUCCGAAUCAAUGAUGCAUCAAUCACGAAAAUCACGACAUCAACACAGUCCACAGAGUCCAACUCAACUCACCUCGGCGUCACAAUUAAGGCACUCUGUACCAGUUGCACCAGUUUCAACAUCUGGACUCACCUACGGUCACUCCCUAGCUGUUGCUGUCUCAUCCGGAGCAUUACCACCCAGUUUUCCAGGACACUAUCCCCUACUCAGCAAACCAUCGGCAAACAGUACUGGUAGCGGUCUCAGUGGUUCCGGCCUAGACACACACAGUGGCGGUGAAAAGAGCAGUGAAUUCGAUUCCGAUGACGACGAAGACGAUGAGGAAAAUUCUGGCAGCGCUCUAAAUCUCAGUAGACGAGAUUCUGGCUCAAAACACACGGUUCAUCGAGUCUCAUCCCUCUCAUUGCAAGCGUCAUCAUUGGGAAGACCCUCAGGUAUUCGAAAACCACAUUCACCUGGUAAACGUCAUCAAUGGGGUGCUGCACACAACAUGCCACCAAAUCUUGGUACACCAUUCAUUAAUCCAGCGACUGGCAAGAAACGAGUUCAGUGUAACGUGUGUUACAAGACAUUUUGUGACAAGGGAGCAUUGAAAAUACACUUCAGUGCGGUUCAUUUACGUGAAAUGCAUCAAUGUACCGUAAAAGGUUGCAGCAUGAUGUUCAGUUCCCGAAGAUCGAGAAAUCGACACAGCGCCAAUCCAAAUCCAAAAUUACAUUCACCGCAUUUAAGGAGAAAAAUAUCACCACACGAUGGAAGAUCAUCAAUGGCACACGCACUGGUACUACCACCACAAGUUGGCCUUCCCGUACCAUCAAGUGGAUUGAAUCAUUUAUCCUUUGGAUCCUUCCCUCUACUAACACCACCACCAGAUCUCCGUUCACCGGCAUCCCUCUGCGGUCUCGAUUUCAAACAUCUUGAUUCAUCAUCAAAUGUAAGAUCCUACGAAGAAGCCUUACAGCAAAGAGUCUCGAUAGCAUCAUCGAGUGCAAGUUUGGCAUUUUCAACCACAACGGCAACGUCAACAAUGUCAAAAGGUUCGACAAGUACAAUAAGUAUAUCGGGUGUCUCGCCCUCUUCACAAACAGCCGGUAUGAUGGAAGACGAUGACGACGAUGACAAUGAUGACGGUGGAAUUGUCGUUGUAGCCGAGGAUGAGUGCAAUUUACCCACAAGACUGUCCGACGACGAUCAGCCCGCUGAUUUUAGUCUAACCGGAAGAACAAAACUCUCAUUGGGCGAUAAUCCCGAUGAGGAAUUAGUCAGUAAUGCCGAAAGCAACGAAGACAAUGACUCAAUAAGCAGGUUCGAUCAACACAAUACCUUCUCAAUAAAUCCCCAUACAAUGAAUUCAACCUUCCACAAUAGAGGUGUUCGAAAAAGAAAAUCCCAACAUCCAACAAGAUGUACAAUUCCCGCCGAGGUACAUUCCUCAUCAACUGAUGGCGAUUCAUCAAACGACGCCGUAUUUCAAGAUCAACCCGAGGACAUGUCAAUGUCACGUCUCGAGGCAGAGGAGAGAAAAAAUUCCCCAUCGCCAAGAAAUUCAACGUCCUUUGAUAAUGAAUCAAAUUCACGUUCUCCGGAAUUAACAAGAAAUCGACGUGAAUCAGAUGACAAUCAUGAUGAACCCAGGGAUCUCAGUUCCAGAGCAAGCAGUGUCAGAUCACCAAAACGACAAACCACAUCACCCGAACCAAAGUAUUCACCUAAUUCCGAGGCUGUUUCACCACGACCAUCAAGGGAGGAACGUAACGAGAAUGAUGACAAUGGUGAACCAGAGGAAAAAUUGCCAAAACUAAUGCCGAAAGACGAUGACGAGCCAAUGGAAAUCGAGGAGGAUGAGGAGGUCGCAACAACGCUACGCAAUCAAGAAGGUGAGCGUCCCGAUGAUGAUCCCCCCCGUGUCCCGAGCUCGAUCGACAGCCAUCCAACCACUGCCGACGACCUCUCCCUCGACUCCUCGAAUGCUUUGCGUCAACUCGAGUCCUUGUCGCAGGGUCACAUCAUGAUGCCGUACACCACGGGAAUGCAGGAGCAGCCAUCGAGGUCUGGCCGAGUUUCUACCAGCCCCGUCAGCCUUACGAUGCACCAGGAUACAACACUGGACAACUCCUCUCAUGGCUCACAUUCAUCAAGCGGCUCGCCCUCCCCAGUGGCCAUGGAUACGGACAAUAGCCUCAUCACCUAUGCACGCUAUGAGAAUGGCGGCUUUGUCAGCACUCAGGAGGUGCCACUCGAUCGGGAAAAUCCACGUCGUUGCACCGCAUGCGGCAAAGUUUUUCAAAAUCAUUUUGGGGUAAAGACACAUUAUCAAAAUGUUCAUCUAAAAUUGAUGCAUCGUUGCAGCGUUGAUGGUUGUAAUGCAGCAUUUCCAUCAAAAAGAUCUCGCGAUCGUCAUUCGGCAAAUUUGAAUCUACAUCGAAAACUUUUAUCCACAUCAACGAGUCCUCCUUUAAUUACCAAUCCCACCACUACAUUAACAUCAAAUCAUUCAAUUGAAGACUCCUUAAAUCCUUUACUUCACAAUGAAUUUCUCGCUAGACUCUACGCUGACGCUGGUAUCGGUGCACUGGGUACAUUUCCCCUUAGUGGACUAACUGGACCAUCGGCAAUUGAUCUUGCAGCGCGAAUUCCACCACCCCAUCCUCUACUUCUACCUCCUCAUCUUGGUUUUCCAGGUCUCUCAACGUUCGCCAGUCAUCUUGCCGGUCUCAAUGGUCUCACCACACAUCAUCAAUUAAAUCUCCGUUCCAAUUCAUCAUCGCCACCUCCCGACGAUCAAAAACAAGAGGCCAAUAAAUGCACAAUUCCAGGAUGUAACAGAAUCUUUGGUUCACGUGCUGUUCGCGAUGCCCAUUCACGUGAUCCUCAAGCACAUCGUGAUCUACCAAUUCUUUCGACCAGUGGUUCGUGACCACUUUUGUCCUAUCGUGCCUUUGGCCGAGAAGACUACUCUUUGCUGUGAUGCCAAAAUUUUGUCGCCCGAAUGGCUUAAUUUUUUUUUCAAAAAAAAAAGCCACGUGUGCAAUAUCAAAAGUGUUAGCUAUUUUCUUUAUUUCGGGGGGACUAAAAAACAAUGGACUGCACAGGGUGCUUAAAAUCAUAUAUGCUUUUAUGUAUACUGUGAUCAGGAAUGGAUAAAGCAAGUAUUUCCUAAGGAAAAUUUGUUGCUUUUUUUAAAAAAAAAAAAAAAAAAAAGUGUUCAAUAAUAAUUGUUGUAAUAUUCGAUAUCUAAUCACCCAUUUACCUUUUUGAGAUUAUUAGACGAAAAAAGAAAGGAAAGUAUAUGUAGCAUAAUAUUCAAUGUCUUAUGUCCAUUCCUGAAUUUUGUGCAAAUAUUUAUAUAUUUUGUGAGAAAAAAAAAGAAAUUCUUCUCCCAAAAGUGAGCGGAAAAAAAUAAUUCUUUGUUUGAAACGAUUUUUUCUUUCUUUUUGAAUUAAAUAUUUUAAAACAAAGCGAAAAAUGUCUACUACACUGAAAAAAAUUGAUUAUUAUCAAAUAAAUAUAUUUACUUGAAUUAAAUAAUUUUUAUUUGAAUUAAAUAAACUGUAUUUGAACCAAUAAUUUCUGUAUUUGAAACAAAAUUCCAUCUCAAAUACUAAUUACUUAAUACAAAUAAAUAUUUAUUUGAUACAAAUACAUACACAAAAAAAAAAAAAGAAAAAGUAAUUUAUACUACUUUCGGAGUAAAAUGGGAACUGUCCGAAGUUUCUGCUCAUCUCUGUCAACUUUUACUCCAAAAAUAGUAAAAUUCUCUAUUUCUGUAGUAAAUUUUACUAUUUUCGUAGUAAUUUUGACUAUUUUUGGAGUAAAUUUUACUAUUUUUGAAGUAAAAGUUGCCAGAGAUGCGCAGAAACUUUAGACAGUUUCCAUUUUACUCCGAAAGUAGUAUAAAUUACUUUUUCUUUUUUUCCGUGUAUUUAUUUUUGAUACAAAUAAACAUUUAUUUAAAUAGUCAUGUAACCGAUUAUUUGAAUCAAAUAAUUUUUUUUUCAGUGUCGGCACCAAAUAUUUUAAUUCCCAAAACUAAAAAAAAUGUAAAUUUUUUCAAGAAAAUUAUUAGGAAAUUCUUUUUUUCUAAAAAUAAUAAAUAAUAAAUAAUUUUUAAAAUUAAAAAUUAGAAAAAAAUUUAAAAAAGAGAAAAUUUCCUCUCAAACGAAGAAUUUUUUUAAAUAGCAAACCCCCACCUCUUUUCUCCCUCUCCCGAAGAAAAAGAAAAUCAAAUUUCGCGACUUGAUUUCGUGACUCCCUUCGUUUUGUUUAUAGCGCGUCGUGAUAAGAAAAAGAGAGAGAGGAAAAAAGAAAAGGCAAAAAAAGAGAUAUAUAUAAAUAUAUAUAUGUAUAUGAGAGAAAGAAGAUUGCGAUAAUUGCGACGCGUCGUUACUUUCCCCGCAUCGGGUCACGACUUGCGCGCGGUAAAUUUAUCGUCGUUGUGAUAACGUACGUUAUAGUUAAAAAAAAAAUAAUAAUAAUAAAUAAUAAAUAUGUUAAUAUUUAAUCCUUCUAUAAAGAAAAAAUCAAUUAGCACUGCUCUUGUAUAUAUAUAUAAAAUUACCUAAUCGAUGUAUCCGCGUAUUAUAAAAAUAAUAAGACUAGCCUGGACAUAUAUAAUGUUCAUUGCAUAUUUUGUAAAAAAAAAAAAAAAAAAAAAAUUUCAACGACACAAUAUACUCGUUAAGAAGUCGAAUUUUUUUUGUUUACAUUUUAAAGAAUGUUGAUAAAAAAAAAAAAAAGAAACUGCUCAACUUUGGAUUUAGAAAAUGAUUUCUCAACGAUGAGUUUGCUCCAGAUGAAAAUUUUCAAUUGUGCUCAAAAAAAUUGUUACGUGUUUAUUUAUUUUCAUGGCCUUAAAAAUAGUUUUUUUUUCAAAAAGAAACUUGCAUUUUUAGAAUACUAAAAAAUUUGAAUUUUAAGCACAAAAAAAAAUUUUUCAUCAUGAAAUUCCUGAUGUAAAUAUAUUUUAUCAUUUCGUGGUCCCAAGUCGUGCAGUUUCUAUAUUAGAACAAAAGGAGAAAAAAAAAAAGAAAGAUCGACCAGUGAAUCAAAGUGACGGACGAGCGUCUCACGCUAUAUAUAUAGAUAAAUGAGAAUAGAUAGAUUUUAUUUAUUGUUUCCUAGCAAGCCUAUUGCAACACGAUACUCUUGAUUAUAAAAAAAAGAAAAAAAAAAAAACAGCGGCCAGUAGCGGGCACUGCCGCGCGGAACUUCCUCCCCCUUUCUAAAUAGAAUUAAAUCGUAAACUUUGUGGUAGCACGUACUAUAUACAUAUAUAUAAAAAAAAACAAAUCGGACACAAAAUUUUCAUUUCGGUGCUAUGUAUUUUAUUACUAUUAUUAUUAUUAUUAUAAUUAUUAUUAUUAUUUAUUGUCUAUUGAAUCACCCUGAGCCAAGCUUGUUAAUGCUAAAUAUAUCUAUAUAUAUAUAUAUAAAAAUUAAGAAUUCUUUCGAAGAAUUUCUUAAUCACUUGAAUAUUGUAUUUAAUAUUAUAUAUAUAUAUAUUUCCGUUUAACUUUAUGUUUAUGGAAUUACGCUUUAUAAUUUGUAUCAAAUUUUCACAAUUUUUUUUUUUUUUUUUUUUUUUUAAACGUGUUUACCUGAGUUUUACGUUAAUUUUUUGUGUAAUCGAAACCCGGUUAUUGAAAAAAAAUCGACUUCACACACACUACUUACUAUAAAUGUUAAGGAGAACGAACGAAAAAAAAACUCUACAAUUGUAAUUAUGUAUAAAAAUUGAAACGCUACGAUGUGUAUAUUAUAUAGAACAAUUAUAAAACAACAAAAAGAAAAAAAAAAAAAAAAAACACUCAUCAUUAUGAAAAUAAAUAUCUAUAUGAAAAAUUA